GUAGAUGUACAGAGUAUGGUGGUUCGUCUUCAGUAUAAUACUGGGGGAGAUCCCUUAUGAGGGAUUCAUCUGCCUAAAUUGAAUGCAUGCAUUGAAUAUCUGCAUAAAUUCCAGGUUUUGCAGCUGCCUGCAGUGUGUCCUUCAACCACCUCAUCAGGUUCCAGACGGAAGGAAACUUCAGUCAUCUUCCGUUCACUUCACCAGAGAGAUCUGUUGUUCGAAGGGAGGGGAAGAUGAGGCAGCACCCUCGAAGCAGAACAGUUGUAUACACGUAUACAAAGACCAGAGAAUUCAUGGCAGAGAUCCGCCUUGUGAGCCCGGGGAGUGUGGGAAAUUAUUUAACACCAAGUACCAUCUGACUGAACACGGAAGAAUACACACUGGAGAAAGACAUUAUGAGUAUAGUCGAUGUGGGAAAUCCUUUGCUCAAACCUCUAGUCUCAUUAAACACAGGUGUGUUCACCCUGGAGAAAGGCGUUAUGAAUGCAGUGAAUGUGGGAAAUUAUUUCGCCAAAAUGCUGCACUCGGUGUUCAUCUGAGAUUUCAUACUGGAGAAAAGCCUUAUGAGUGCAGUGGAUGUGGAAAAUCAUUUCAUCGAAGCUCUUCACUCUUGCAACAUCGGAGAAUUCACACUAGAGAAAGGCCUUAUGGGUGUAGUAAAUGUGGAAAAUCUUUCAGCCUAAGGUCCAACCUCAUUCAGCAUCAGCGAGUUCACACUGGAGACAGACCUUAUGAGUGUGGGCAAUGUGGGAAAUCCUUUAGCAAAAGAUCUAGCCUCAUUACACAUCAGAGAAUUCACACUGGAAAAAAGCCUUAUGAGUGUAGCGAAUGUGGGAAAUCUUUCGCUUAUACUUCUAGUCUCAUUAAACACAGGAGAGUACAUACUGGAGAAAGGCCUUAUGAGUGUAGUGAAUGUGGGAAAUUAUUUCGCCAAAACUCUGCACUCCGUGUUCAUCAGAGAUGUCAUACUGGACACAGGCCUUAUGAGUGCAGUGAAUGUGGAAGUUCAUUUCACCGAAGCUCUUCACUCUUGCAACAUCGGACAGUUCACACUAGAGAAAGGCCUUAUCAAUGUAGUGAAUGUGGGAAAUCCUUUGCUCAAACUUCUAGUCUUGUUAAACACAGGAGAGUUCACACUGGAGAAAGGCCUUAUGAGUGUAGUGAAUGUGGCAAAACCUUUGCUGAAAACUCCAGUCUCAUUAAUCACAGGAAAGUUCACACUGGAGCAAAGCCUUAUGAAUGCAGUGAAUGUGGGAAGUUCUUUGCCUAUAUCUCUAGUCUCAUUAAACACAGGAGAGUUCACACUGGAGAAAAACCUUACGAGUGCAGUGAAUGUGGAAAAUUCUUUACUGAAAACUCCAGUCUCCUUAAGCACAUGAGAGUUCACACUGCAGAAAGGCCUUAUGAAUGCAGUGAAUGUGGAAAAUCAUUUCGUCACAGCUCUUCACUCCUUCGACAUUGGAGAGGUCACACUGGAGAAAAGCCUCAUAAGUGAAAUAAAUUUGGGAAAUUCUUUAGCCAAAAUUCUAGUUCUAUUAUACACAGGAACCCUCCCACAGAGGAAGUAGCUUUUGAGUGCAGUGAAUAUGACAAAGCCUUCGGCCUUCUCUUCCUGGGUACCAGAAUGUUCAACUGAGAGAAGCAAUGUAGAUGUACAGGGCGUGGUGGUUCAUGUUCAGUGUAACACUGGGGGAGAUCCCUCAUGAGGGAGUCAUCUGCCUAAAUUGAAUGUCAUGCUUUGAAUAUCUGUAUAAAUUCCAGGAAUGUAGGAGCUACAUUGCAUUUUCACCCUGCCCAGGUGCCUUGCCAGGAUCAUGUGACUCCUAGUUCUCUGGCAAAAGCCAUUUGACUUCUACCACUUGGCAGGUUUUGCAGCUGCCGACAGUGUGUCCUUCACCCACCUCAUCAGGUUCCAGACAAUAGUAAACUUCAGUCAUCUUCCGUUCACUUCAGCAGAGAGAUCUGUAAGUAGCCUUAUUACUCGUUCCUUUCUCUCUGAGGAGUUAGGCCAUGGACCUGACCCAGAGGAUUCUUUUGGUUUCUUCAAAAGAUGGACAACCUUUUUCAGGCAUCUUGUGGAUCUUGCGGGAUGAUGAUGAAGAUGAUGAUUUUUACAUUAUUUGUAGAGAAGGAGUCUCAUUAUGUUGCUUGGACUGGUCUCAAAGUCCUGGCCACAAGCUCGCAGGAUACUUGAGAUGGAAUUUUCUACCUUCUCAGUCACAACCCAAGAGAGCCUGCCUUUCAUUGCUUUGGUUUGUGUUAUAAUGAAGUCCUUAUUGUUUGAGACACCUUCAAUCUUGGGAGUUGUAUUCAGUGUAUGGGGUGGUUUGAAAACUAGGUUUGCUACGAUCAGGGAGUGAGUAGCUAUUGUUAGGAUCGCUAAACUUUGUGUGCUUCACAGGUGACACUGCAGUGUCAGAAUAUAGCUUUUGCUGCAGUUUUGGGCUAGUUACACUGCUUCCCAAGUCUCCAAAGAAAGACUUCAGGGCUUUUUGGUCCCUAUUUUAAUGUGGAUAUUACAAUAAUUUGUGAGCUCACAGGUCAACCUGAGAAGGGGGCAAUUUUUGUCACAACCUCUGGUUCUGAGAGUAACAUAAAAUUGUUCUCUUGUUCACAAGGGAUAUUCUCUGUUCAAUACUGGUGAGGCUAGCUUCACAGGUUGUAAGGUUAUAGGGGGAAUAAUAAUUUUUAUAGAAACUGCAUUUGUAGGCAAUGGAUGAGACUGCACAAAGUGGUUAGAAUGUGCCUGUUUUAAUAGGGUAUGCAUAGUGAUACAGUCAUCAUGGCUGUAAAGGAUUACAUACAGAAAUUCUGAGGACCUCCUGAAUUUUGAAUAUCAUGUAGCUGGGGUCAGUGUCAGAGAAAAUAAUCUAAAUGUUUUGUGGAUUUCUGUAGCCUUUUUGGGCUGUUCACCUCAAGGCCAUUCCUGCAUUGACAAGAGGGGAGGAUAAGGAUAAGGGAGUCCUGUUAGAUCAGCAUGUGGCCUGUAUGAGCAGCCAGCAUUCCUUCUUGAAUCAUCUGGAAUUAGUCUUCAAUGGUUAUCAUAUUUUCAUUACCACUGAGGAUAGUUGCCUCAGUGAGGUCAUGACGAGAGAAGUGAUACAGAAUAUAGAGUUAAUAAUUUUGCAAAAGUCACCACGAGUCUAGGUUUUUAUUUUGAAGCACAUUUUUAAAGCUUUGUUAAGGUAUAAAUGACAUUCAACCAACUGCACAUAUUCAAACAGUACAAUGUGAU